AUGUUCAAUCGUGAAAAAGUGUCCAACAUCUACAGCAAGUUUGUGCAGUCCUUUGAAAACGCCCUCAACACCGUAGUUUAUGGAGGUUUGCUUCCACUGAAAAUUCGAAAUGAAGACAGUGAUGGUUCAGAAAAGCCAAGCACACUUUCGAAACUAUCCGAGCUCAGCUUAAAAGGUGUUGCUAACUAUAUAAAAGAAUGCAAACCGAAAAAUGUGAUUGUGAUGACCGGCGCAGGGACUUCUACAUCAGCCGGCAUCCCAGACUUCCGCAGUUCCAGUUCGUUUCUGAAUCAAUUUUUUUUUGUUAUUUAAUUGCAAUUUUUAGCGGGAGUAUACAGCUGUUUACAAGAGUAUAAUCUGCCACAUCCACAAGCGAUUUUUGAUAUUUCCUACUUCGAAUCUCACCCAGAGCCUUUUUUCCGGUUCGCCAAGACGUUGUUCCCAAAAAAUGUCAAGGUAAGCUCCUCAAAAAAGAUAAAUUUGCAAGUGCAAGGUUUUAAUCUUUGCAGAAUGCAGAAGUUCCUAGGAGCCAAUGAUCAUGAAUUGUAUCCAACACCUUUCUCGAGCAUUUUUAAGUUCUAAGCUGAGAAGUUCAAGAUGGAAAAAUAUUAAAACGCGUUCAAGUUUUAGCUUGAGCUUUCAGAACUGUUGUGUUGAAUUUGACAAAAGUUUGAAGAAGAACUUUGAAAAAGCUGAAAGAAAGUAGUUGUGUAUCUCUAUCCUAUCAUUAAGUCUGUAGGGAGUCCUCAAACAGUAAAAGGGUGGAAUUUGCAGCCGACACCAGCUCAUUAUUUCGUUAAGCUACUGGAAAAGAAGGGAAUCCUCAAACGAUGGUACACACAGGUUGCGUUGAAAUCUUUGCCCUGGCUCCAAAAAGCUCCGUUUUUCUCUUGCAGAAUAUUGACGCACUCGAGUUCCUCGCGGGAAUGCCAGAGGAAAAAGUCGUGACGGCGCACGGUUCGCACCUCACGAGCACGUGCCGUUCCUGUGGCAAAAAGUACGACCGAAAGUGGAUGACUGGUUAGUCUGGCUCAUCUGAAUCCAUUUUACGGAAAAGCCGCCGAAUUUAAGAUUUGUGAUUUAUAAAGCUAAUUUUAACUUCUUUUUUUUUCAAAAUCCUUUGGACUUAUUAAUAUUCAUCUUCCUCCGUCUUUCACUUGGAACGUAGCCGUAGCACAAGGAAGGUCGUAGGGAUUUUUUUUCCAGAUUUAAAACGGCGUUCGUGAUUCUGCGAAAUUAAAAAUAUUCAUCAGAGAUAAGAAUCGAUAACUUAUUUUGAAGAGCCAGAUACAGAUUUGAAUUUCGCGAAAACACUUUCACUAUGGCAUAAUCUCAGGCUUUCCUGUUUGUACAUAUGAAAAAUCUGUAAGUUUUAUUGAAGCCUAAACUUCGAGGAAAAUUUCCAAGUAAAGUUUUGCAAGAACUCAUAAAUGAAUGGAGUAUAUUUCUUAUGAAAGAUAUCCCCAAAAAAAAUUGUUUCAAGAAAAAAUCUUCGAUCCCAAUACGCUUGUGCCGCACUGUGACACGGAAUCAUGUAGAGGAGUCGUCAAACCUGAUAUCAUAUUUUUUGGUGAAGCUCUUCCUCGCCGUUUUAUGACUUGUUCUUUUGAGGUUGUUUUCUUAUAAUAUGAAUUUUACAUUAGUUCAAGUUGUCAGGACUUCCCCAAAUGUGAUUUAUUAAUAAUUAUGGGAACUUCUCUCGUUGUCCAGCCGUUUGCCGCUCUCGUUCAUGAAGUUUUUGACGUUCUGGAAAAAUAUGAUCGAAUCUCAAAAUGUAUCAAGGUGGCUGAUGACGUCCCGCGUCUGUUGAUCAAUCUAGAAGACGUCGGCGGCGACUCGCCUGCUGGAGCUUCCUCAACGGGUCUUUGCUAUGCCCGAAAAGACAAUAUGAGGUCUAAAAGAAUACAUAGCACUCGAGCGAACCGUUUUUUGUUAAAUUUCAGAGACGUUUUCUGGAAAGGGACCUGCGACGAAGGAGUCAAAGCUCUCGCCGAACUACUCGAUUGGGAGUUGGAGCUGCAGGAGAUGAUAGCCGAGGGCGAGGUUAAGUUUACGACGGCCCCGCCCAAUGUUUAA